CGAAUCCGCAGCCAGCGAGAGAUGCUGAGAGGACGGCUCGAAGAACGGGGCAUUUAAUAAAUGUUUACGUCCUGCUUUUCCCCCACAUGCCAGGACGAACAGAUGCUCAUGAUGGUCAUUGUGGAGAAGCUGUCUGCGGUUGCUUGUGGAUCGUCAACAUGAUUUUAAGCGUAUUUUGCACCAGUCUUUAACCACACCCGGCCUCGGCGCUUUCUGGAUUACAGGGAUUUGCAGCUAGCGCGACUCAUCGAGGAGGCAGUGUAGGGCCCUGAUGCCAGGCCCAAGCCCUAGCUGCUGGACUUAAGGGCAGAGGUGGGAGCAGUCCGGAGUCAGGAUGAGUGGAGGGCUGGAGCAAGCUGACAUCCUGUCUGCAGCCGUGUUCGUCAAGGAAAGAUGGAAAGUGCUGAAGAAAAUCGGUGGCGGGGGCUUUGGGGAGAUCUACGAGGCGCUGGACCUGCUGACCCGGACCAGUGUUGCACUUAAAGUGGAGUCAGCCCAGCAACCAAAGCAAGUGUUGAAGAUGGAGGUGGCUGUGCUGAAAAAACUACAGGGUAAGGACCAUGUGUGCCGCUUUGUGGGAUGUGGUCGCAAUGACCGCUUCAACUAUGUUGUCAUGGAGCUUCAGGGUCGUAAUUUGGCGGACCUGAGGAGGAGUAUGAACCGUGGAACAUUUACGGUCAGCACCACACUCAGACUGGGCCGGCAGAUACUGGAAGCCAUCGAGAGCAUCCACUCUGUUGGCUUCCUACAUCGAGACAUCAAACCAUCCAACUUCGCCAUGGGCCGUUUCCCCAGCACUUGUCGGACCUGCUACAUGCUGGACUUCGGUUUGGCACGCCAAUUCACUAACGCAUGCCAGGAAGUCAGACCGCCUCGUCCUGUGGCAGGGUUUAGGGGCACAGUACGAUAUGCUUCCAUCAAUGCUCACAAGAACAAGGAAAUGGGCAGACAUGAUGACCUGUGGUCUCUGUUCUACAUGCUGGUGGAGUUCUUGGUUGGUCAGCUGCCUUGGAGAAAAAUCAAGGACAAGGAGCAAGUGGGGAAGCUGAAAGAGACUUAUGACCAUCGCCUCAUGCUGAAGCAUUUGCCCCCAGAGUUUAGUGUCUUUCUGGACCACAUUAGCAGCUUAGAUUACUUUACCAAACCAGACUAUCAGCUUUUGAUGACAGUUUUUGAAAACAGUAUGAAAACCUAUAAUGUAGUGGAGAAUGACCCAUACGACUGGGAGAGGACAGGCACAGAUGGCUCUCUGAGCAUGAACACGGCCGCCAACACGCCUCAGCACCACACACGCCUCACGCCAGCCCACAUGGGCAUGGCAAAUGCCUCUCUUUUGCCUGGAGAUCUUCUGAAGGAGAACACGGAUGAAGUCCUGCAGGAUGAGCAGCUGAGUGACGGAGACAAUAACCCUGCUCCAGAGCGCCUGCCAGACUCUCCCAAGCUGCCUGUGAGAAACCAGGAAGCUGAUGUGUGGGAGGAUUUGAACCGCAAUCGCAUCCGCCUCACUGGUUGGAAGGGGCCCACAGAAGAGGAACACAGUAACCGAGGCAGUCCGAGCCCUCACGCUGGCUCUCCUGUGCGGGUGCGUUCUGAGGUGAUGCCCUCAGAUAAAGAUGCUCCUCUCCUAAGGAAACUCCGCAACAUCCACAGCUUUGAGCUGGAGAAGAGACUAACCUUAGAGCCCAAGCCCAAUACAGAGAGGUUUGUGGAGGCAUGCGGUACAGGGAAGCAAGCAUCUGGUUUGGCACAGGAGAAGGAGGGCAACGUGGGUGGGGUCCCGGCAGUGCCCGCUGUUGCUGUUCGAAGUGAGCGAGUGUGGCACUAUGAUGAGGAGCUUCUCUCCUCACCUAAACCUGCCUCCCCUGGCUCUCCAGAGCAAGGCGACGGUGCAGCCAGCAGCGGCUUCGUGGCCCUUAACCUGAGCUCGGGCCGGCAAGAUGUGGACUCGCGUGACUGGGUGAUGGUGGAGCGUGCUUCUGAGCUGCAGGACUUCCGUGAGGCGGCUGGCAGCAGCCCUGGACCUGAAGCUAAACUGACCAGCAGUCCUUCAGAGGAGCCGGAGGAAGAGCCUGAGGUGCUGCAGCCAAUGGAUGAGUCUCCAGAUAAGGAACGGACCACCCCCAGCCCUGCACAGGCUGACCUUUUAGCCCCUGUGGCUUCAUCACUGGCCCCUCCCAGAGUGGAGAGGCUGGAACUGAGUGUGGGGCCUGCAGGCGGUCUGCCCCUAGUCACCCCCACCAGCCCUGCUGAAGCACUGGCCGAGGGGGCACUCACACAGCUCCCCACCUCCCCCCCAUCUCUGCCUGAGGAGGUACUGGUCCGGACCAGCAGCCCGCUACUCCUGCGCUCCCCCAGUCCUCACACCGUCCUCACCACGCUGUCGGACCCCCUGCAGCAACGCUCUCCGCCGGCCCUGCGCCGCAGCCAGUCUGCAGACCACCAUCACCACUACCCUUCCUCCUCUUCUUCCUUGUGCCACGCUUCCCAGCCCCGCUCCACCCGGUCUCCUGGCCACAGGAAGCUGCCGGCCAUCCCGCCUGGUGCCGCCCACACCAAGUUCCCUUCAGUCAUACGCAUCACCCGUGCCCAACUGCAGCAGCUGACAGCUCAGCGUCCCUCCGUGUUAUCCUCACAAUCAGCGUCUGACAGUGCGCCACAAUGCCCCCUGCUGGAGAAACAUCAUAAUGGUGAUGCCCUGCCACAAGACAUUACAGCAGACAUCCAUUCCCCUCAGGAGCAGCCUCGCUCCCAUCCUGCCAGCCCCUCCAGUGCUGGGGCAGCACAACUGACAAAUGGGGAUAAACCUCCACAAGUACCCAGCCCAGUGCCAAGCCUGGAAAGCCCACCCCACUCACCCCAAAGUCACGUGCUAAUGAAUGGUCACUCCCCUCCUACAGACACCCCUCAAGAAGAUCUGCUGUGUGAGAUAAAGGACCCCGACAGGGACUCCGGCUGCCCUGAUGGUCCUACAGAACCCAACCAGCGCCCCCCACUGGAAGAGAACGGAUCUUCUCCUGCCCAAAGCGCUAGCCCAGCCCCUGGCCACCGAAUCAGCCGCAUCCCUGUGCUGGAACUAUCCAGCCUGCUGCAGGAUGUGCCUCCAGGCUCCGCUAAAGAGAAGCUUCUGCAGAAGAGAGCUCAGCACUUACCCACCUCGCCCUGCGCCUCACCCUCACUCUCUUCAGACAGGCGGGCCAUCCUAGCAGCUGUCCAGCGUGACCCCCUCUCUUCUGCCUCUGACCGUUCUCAGGAUGACGAGUCCCUCCCAGGCUCGCGUUCGGACCGACAGGGAGACGACGCCCCCUCGCUCUCAUCCUCCUCUAGCCCACUGUCACGCAAGAGUAAGAUCCCCCGACCUGUGAUCCCUGCUUCCUCCCAGGAGGCACAAGCUAGCCAAUUCUUGCCCCGCCCGCCACCUGGCAAACCACCCAUUCGCCCAGUCGUGGAUGGCAGGCUACGGCGAUACAGGUUUCGUGCGGGUAGCACCAGUGACUCAGACCUGCUGACCUGUCUGGCUCAGCUGAUGCAGAGCAGUUCAGGCCGCGCCUCCUCCCCACACGGCUCGCAGCCUACGGGUCCCAGGCUGGUGUGUGUCGGCCACUCAGCCACUCCUCACCACCACCACCAUCAUCACCACCAGCGCAGCUCCAGCGCCUCUCCCCGCAGCUACUCAUCCCUGCAGCGCUCCGGCAGCUCCUCGCCAUCCCGCCACGAGCCCCGCCCCGCCUGCACAGGACGCAGCCGCUCACCCCCCAGCUGCUCCGGCUCUCCACCCAUGCGGCGCACGCACACCCACACCCCCCUGCAUUCGCCCCGAGCCAAAGCCUGCAGCCGCGAGCCCAAAUGCUCCAGCAAGCUGAGCAGAUAGUCAGCCAUCCCCUUCCCAGCACCGCCCCCCGAAAAAGCUCCUCUCGCUCGAAUCACCAGCGGACCAGCACAGGAGAUAGAUGCUAGUGGGAUCUGGAGCAAUGGAUCCUUGUGCUUGCUCUCGCUCCAGUAACAGUAUAGCUUAAAAACAAUAUACAGUACUGUGCAAAAAUCUUAGGCCACUAAGAAAACUAAAUUUAUAGUUUAUAGAAUUAUUUAUCAGGAAAAAAGCUUUUGUUCGCUCAGAAGAAAACUAACAGAAUAAAUACUAAUAAACAUUCAUAUGAUAAAUUGUCAAUGUGUUAGCAUAACAAUGUGCAAACAGGUAGUCAAAACUUCAUUUAAGUUAACUUAAAAUCACUUAAGUUCACUUAGUUAGUUAAACAUAACAAAUACAGUAUGAUGAUGAAUCCAGGCGGUGGUUGGGGUUCUUAGAGGAGAACUGUAACCAACUUACAAGAUACCAAUAUCUUUUUGAAAAGUUUGUGUUACUUUUUGUUGUAUUAAUCUUUAUUUACAUUAAUGCUAAUGUUAAAUGGUGGUUUUAAUGAACAAAAACAUACUCUCUUCCCGGAUUUCCCAGUUUUAAACAACUUUCUUGGCCACCCUAAGACUUUUGCACAGUAAUGCAUUUCAUAUACAGUAUCCCAUCUUACUACCACAGCUCUACAGUGUUCUACUCAUUAGUUUUGAAGCCGCUUCCUGUGUGCCAUUUAAGUUAGAGCAGUGAUACUCAGUUUAGGACCCCUGUCCUGCAUGUUUUAGUGUCUUUCCUGUUCUAAAGGCAGUGUGGUAUGGCACGGUACUAUUACUACAAACUCAGAACAUCCAUACUCUGGAUGAGUACCUAUGUCUAUUUCCCAUCGCAUCGCAGAAACGUGAAUGUAGGCAGGGUUCUGUGGAGGUCACAUAAUUUGUCAAACAACAGUAGUGUUAACAGUUAAUACAGACAUCAGUAGCAACUGUGGACAAGCUUCAGGUUCUGAUAUGCUGCACCUUUAAUUCGGCAUUUGGUUUUAUGUGUAAGUCACAGACAGCGAUUGUGACUAGCUUAUGGUUU